GGACUGCUCGCAGUAAUGAACGUCAUAUUUUCUACUUUCCUCGGCCAACCCCCCGACGAGGUACCUCCGCAAGUUCUGGUCGUCAUCCUUUCCCAGAAGCGCGCAAGAAAAGUGACUGACCGGGGAAGGGCAAGUCAUUGGAGGAUCUUUCGGACCACGGGGCACGCACGAUUGUAGCGAGGAUGGUUAAUUUUCUGCGAGGUCUCAAGUCACCCAGUAACUCGGGUAAUCAGCCCGUCGGGACGCGAGGGUUACGUUGUACUUAACGAUCAAAAUGCUUAGCAAUUCAACUGCACAACAGCACCACAUUCUAACAGGAACCCUGCUCAAGCCUUGAUUGUGUUCGAAUGGUUCGGGCAGUUUCACAGCUGCAAUCAACCAAAAGUACAAGUGGUGGUGCCAGUCUCAAUUACAUGAGGGCGACCGAGCUGUUCAGUUGCGGUGCUAAAGCACCAAAUCCGUUCGCUUGGCGCACUUCUGCGACCCAGGUUAACCUACAGAUUCCUCAGCUGUUCGCUAGACUUUUCAAUGAGUUCCAGAUACGCCUAACGGAAGCAACAGUCAAUCUCAUCUCCUUGCGUUGCAAGGUCAAUCCGUUACCUCGCUCCAGUUCAUUAGCGUGGAAGAAAAGUCUUCUUCGCUAUUCGGAUUAAAUUGCUGAACACGGAGGGAUUAAGCUGAUCUGAUAUCAGGUGAGUCAUGGUGGUGUACCUCAAAGCAUUCAUUGUAAGCAUCUGCUGGCUCCGGCAUUAUGGCAAAAUGCGGUCCUUUGCCGAUGCGCGUGCGCCGUGGGUGUCCUAAUCCACUGAAGUCUGAGUGGGGAUCCAAAAACUUGAUUUCCUUCUUCCAUGCUUUAUGGAGCUCAGCUUGUCUGUUGGGGUGGGCGUAAAUCUGACGAUGUUUGACUUGAAGUGAAAAUCGGAGGCCCUCGGCAAGUUGCACACCUCUACCGCAAACGACAAGGGCGUCUUUAGCUUGUCAUACACAAAGUCGAGGCAAGUACCAGAACUCUGGUACCCGACUUCUUUCCCUGCUGCUCCUGAAACACCCUGACUAGUCUCUCUGCGGCAACGGCCUGCGUGCAUCCGUCCUUACCGUAGGGACAGCGACAGAACUUCUCGUCAACCUCCUUCAAAACAGACCUGAUGACCCAAUUUCACUGACGUUUGAAACACGACUUGUUGUAUGAGUACACACUCCAUUGCUUGCUCAUUCCGUGCUGGUUCUUCUGCAGAAAAGGCCCACGGCAUGUACAUCCCUAAGGUGCCUGUCUACCAGAAAACCGGAUGCCGUUUCGCACUCUCAAAAGCCACGUACUGCUCACCUGAAUGAACCGAAAGGAAGAUGUGUGGCUUGAACGACGUGACAGCUUUGGCAAAUGCUUGCGUCUCAGGCUCUGUAGUGUGCAUUUUCAUGACGGUGAAUUUCCUUACAAGCGGUGGAACUUGGCUACUGACCAGAGAAAGCUUUAUUGCCCGGACUUGUCUCCGCGUUUGCCGCUGCAGAGUUCCAGUGAUCUAUAGUCAGACAAGCGUCACCACAGAUUAACACCUUAUCAAUCGCUGAUAACUUGCCUCCCCAGUUGCGGUUUAAGUCGACGUUAUUCUCGUUUCCUCGCAGCUGCAAAAAGGCGAAGCUGGAGUGCCGCUGCCAGAGACCGGAUUGUGCGUAGUUGCCUUACACAGAAAUCACCCGCCUCCACCUUCGCCCGGGACACCGGAUUUCCGUUCACGACAACUUGGAUGUUUGUGUGCUGAAGCACUUUUCCUGCUUUCUCUGCCAGCUUCGUUUCUCUUUCACAUAGGACUGUAGCACGCGCAGUACGAUGAAGCUGCGGAAUAAGCAGAUGGAGCUGCCUUACCCUGGAGAAAGUGCAGGGCGCUUUCCGCCGAAAUUAAUUCCCUUGAGUGUUCACCCGCCAGCAGGAAGAAUCUGUCUCGAGUUCCGCUUGCACGUGAGACAGUAACAAACUCAAUAGUGUGGUCGUUGCCGAUCGGCUCAUGGUGGACACUAAAUCCGUCGCAGUCCUUCCCUAAUUUCUCCACCUCUUCUUUGAGUUGGGGCGUAGUAUGGUAGUAGUGUGGCAACUCGGCGGACGCCCUUAGCAUCGCCACAAAAGUGCCAGCGAUGACAGCCAGCCCAGGGACGCACUUCAUUGUUUGGCAGCUUGCGACUAAAUGUUCGGAGAACUGGGUAAAAAUCCGGAUGAAGCUGUUGAGUUCGUCUACGUGUCUUGCGUGUCUGUACAGCAGCGUGCGCAUGUAAACGACAUGCGGCAGUGCAACGGGCUCGAACGUGGCAUACAGCGAGGCUUUGACAUGCAACGCUGCCGUGCAGGCUGGAAUUAUGACCGUAACGCCUGCUCCAGCACGCCGUUUCCCGACUCAUAUCUUGGCAAUAAUAGAGUUUCGUGUCACCGUUGUAAUUAAAUCAGCAUGAACCACAGUGUCGUCGCAGGCGGGGACCUCCCACGGCCACUGCCCCCCAAGGAGAGAGGAGGGCUGCCAAGCCCGUCGUCCGCUGCUGUGCGCACGUUGUUGAUUGACAACCAUGAUUCCUACACGUAUAACGUGUUUCAGUACCUUGCAACGAUCAAUGGUGUGGCUCCAACUGUCAUCCGGAACGAUGAAUUCUCCAGCUGGAGAGAGGCAAAGGCAAGCGUCGGCCCUGUGCAUAACAUCGUCAUCUCUCCAGGCCCUGGAACUGUCGAAAACGAACAUGAUUUCGGGGUGUGCAGUGAAGCGCUGAGGGAAGCUGCCGUCCCAAUCCUCGGAAUCUGCCUUGGUCACCAGGGUCUUGGUCAUGUUUAUGGGGGAAAGAUUCAGAGGACACCGCGACCGGUACACGGAAGGCGAAGCCCUAUUAGUUUCAUCAGGGGCUACAAGCUAUUCGAGGGCGUGGAGAGUGAAACUCCGGUUGUACGCUACCAUUCUCUUCAGGUGGACAAAGACAGCCUGCCGAAAUGCCUCGAGCCAACUUGCUGGACCACAGACGAGGAUAACGUGCUGAUGGGCGUUCGCCACCGAGAACUGCCACUGCAUGGCGUCCAGUUUCACCCCGAAUCAAUAGGGACAAUUGCUGGCUACAAGAUUCUCGAGAACUUCCGAGACAUGACCAUUUCGUGGUGGGCAGAGCGCGGUUCGGAGUUGGCGUGUCUGAUACCCAAGAACAUUGUCCAGAACCAGGUGCCCUAUUCCGCGAAACGAACGGGCAACGGGCCCAGUGCGUCAAACGUUGAUCGACAGUGGUGCAUCAACAUAGCCUCUGUCGAUCUCUGUCUGAGUGCAUGUGGAGGACAAGAACCACAGGUGAAACGCAAUAUUGACUACUUCACGUUGUUCAAGGAGGUAUUUGGCUCCGACUCGUUUUGUUUCUGGCUUGACUCCAGCUCAGCUGACCCAGCUUGUGCUGGCGGGGGGACACGUAAAACAUAUUCAGGCCGCCCGCAGUUUUCGUAUAUGGGCAACUCUUCCGGUCCUCUGGGAGAGGUAGUUACUUACUCCCUCAGCACGGGAACGACUCUGUCACAUACGCGGGGGACAGAGACGUGCUUGCACUCUGUAGAGGGUGAUAUCUUCUGUUUUCUACGUUCUCGCCUUGCCACAUUCGGAGUGACAAGGAAGGGAGGCGGACAUCAUCUCACAGUUCGCCGUUGGAAGUCGCGCGUCGAUGUCGUGUCCGACGGCGACAGAAUGGGGAUGAGUAACAAUGUGCCGAUACCUAGGUUGACACUGACGGAUGAUGGUACGGCUCCUGAAUCGUGGGACUCUGCCGCGAUUCCUUUCCCUUUCCCAUGCGGGUACGCAGGGUUUUUCGGUUAUGAGCUUCGGCAUGUCACCGGAAGCUACGUCGGACCUCAAAUGCAAAACGUCUCGUCGCAGAGAAUCACUAGUAACCGUGGAACGGACGUUCCCGACGCGGCGUGGAUUUUCUCGGAUCGAUUGAUUGUUGUGAAUCACGAGAGUGAUGAGGUGUUUCUCUCUUGGCUCACCCCGUCGCUCAAGCAGGGUGGGUCGUCUCGAUCGUCAGGAGCAACUGCUUUCAGUGGACUGUGCCCUUGUCACCCGUGGGCCUUCGGUGAUGAUAAAGACAGGAUGGCUGCCAUAUGCAAACUCCAGCAGCAGUGGGCAGAAAUGACGCUGCGGGCCAUAUCAAUGGCGUCCAGCACCGUGUCUGUCAAGCCGUCUUCGGUUAUGGAAGGUAACGAUGCGGCACAGCUCCCCUGCUUUAGAGUGCUAGACCCCAUCUCGCCUUCUGAGCGACAGCAACCUGGUGUCCCCAGGGAUCGGGCAACCGUGUGUAAUGAAAGUAACAUGUCGCCAUUCAAAGGAUCUUUAUCCGGUGACACGUCGUUUGCUCUAUGUUCGGAACUCACAGCUGUAGCGGCUACCCACAACGGCGUCGGGUCACGAGAGACCACCGGCCAAAACGUGAUGGCUGUCUCGUUCCGUGAUGACGCGGGCACCUACAAGGAGAAGAUUUUCAAAAUUCUUGACUGUGUAGCCGAAGGGGAAGCAUACGAGGUUUGCCUCACUACGGAACUGGAGGGCACUCUGAACCCCUCUGCGUUCUCGCCUCUUCAGUUUUAUGGCCAGUUGCGCUGUAGGAAUCCCGCGCCAUUCGCUGCCUUUUUACGGUUUGAGGAAGGUGCUUCCGCGUCCGUGGAAGGCGACGCUGACACUGGGACAUCGCCUACUGUGACAGGAAAACUGCCAGCUGAAAGCAGUCACACACCGUGCCCUCCCCGGUCAUUCUCCAUUUGCUGCUCUAGUCCGGAACGUUUUUUGAUGAAAAGCGCGGACGGCUGGCUAGAAUCGAAACCCAUCAAGGGUACUAGACCCCGUGGCAAGACACCGGAAGAGGAUGCCGCCCUGGUGAACGAUUUAGCAACGAACGAAAAGGAUCUGGUCGAGAAUCUAAUGAUAGUUGACCUCGUUCGGAAUGAUUUAGGACGUGUGUGCAUUCCAGGAACCGUGCUGGUUCCUGAGCUGAUGGUUAUAGAGACCUACGCCACAGUGCAUCAACUGGUGUCGACGGUCCGAGGCAAGCUUAGGGAACCGGAAAUGGACUUUCUGGACGCCGUGAUAUCAUCAUUUCCAGGAGGUUCUAUGACAGGCGCUCCCAAGGAGCGAGCAAUGGAAAUCAUUGAAAAGCUGGAAGAUCGACCCCGGGGAAUCUAUAGCGGAGCGAUUGGGUUCUUGUCGGUCACGGGUGAGGCCAGUUUAAACAUCGUCAUUCGAACCGUCGUCUUUACCGCUCCAAAUAAGAUUAGUGUUGGCGCUGGAGGUGCGAUCGUCGCUUUGAGUGAUCCGAACGAAGAAUGGGAAGAAAUGCUUCUCAAAGCGAACUCUGUUGUCCGGACACUAACUGCUUGUGUUCGAGAGGCGACUACAAAACCCUAAAAACUUCAGGUGGCGGACACAGCAAAUAAAGAAACGAAUGCGUCUGGCCACAACGAGACUGACCCGUUUUUGAUACGACAUCUCGAGCACGGAUAUGCACUACCGUGCGUCUGUCCAUUUUUCAGGUGCUGCCCCCACUCAGCAGCUGGCCGAUCCCUCCACAAAGUGCCCAGGGGCACUUCCCCAGUAGCGAAAACUGGAAGGAGGCUUCUUUUUCUGGAACGCUUGUGGAAAACAAAGGUUAUUCGUACGAAGAAGUAGAGCUUUUUAAAAACUCAGGUCCGUUUCAAGAACUGCCAUUUGAG